CCAAGAGAUAGUUUUACAGCAAUGUUUGUGGGCAAGGUGCACAGUUGCUUUUGUAAUUAUUUAGGGGAAGCGUCCACCUUGUGUUCUGGUAUCAGGAGAUCAGACCGGUUACCCGAGUGUCAGGAUAUCUAACCGGUUUCAUCAUAACAACAGGAGAGCCUAUAUAUGAAUUCAACAAGUGUGACGAGGCAGUCUACGAAGCAAACGUGGUCGUAACUUGAGCGCCAGACAGGGUAGACACCUGACGUGUGUGACCAGUACGUGGGAGCUUUCCCUAAAGCACGAUGGAGUAUGUAAGAAUUAAUACCGGGCAAAAUCCAUAUGAGUGCGGUCUGUGUGAUGCUGCCUUCUCAUAUUCGAGUGCUUUGAAGACACACGUGAGAACUCACACGGGAGAAAAACUGUAUAAGUGCGAACUGUGUGAUGCUGCCUUUUCCUCUAUGCAGCAUAUGAAGACUCACAUGAGAACUCACACGGGAGAGAAACCAUAUAAGUGUGAACUGUGUGAUGCCGCCUUCUCAGAUCCGAGUGCUUUGAAAAGACACAUGAGAACUCACACGGGAGAGAAACCAUACAAGUGCGAUCUGUGUGAAGCUACAUUCUCACGAUUGAGUAUUGUAAAGGUACACCUGAGAACUCACACGGGAGAGAAACCGUAUAAGUGCGAGCUGUGUGAUGCUGCCUUCUCACAAUCUUGUAAUCUGAAGUCACACAUGAUCACUCACACGGGAGAGAAACCAUAUAAGUGCGAGCUGUGUGAUGCUGCCUUCUCACAAUCGUCAAGUGGGCACAACAGUUAUGCUAAGUCCGUCUAUCUGUUCCUGCAGGACAUGCUGAACCCAGAGGAAAGAAACCCUAGUGUUUUUCAAGAGUUCAUGGAUGGAAAUAUGUUUGUCAGACGUAGCGAUCGAUUCUGGGGUGCUUUGGCAACAGAUCUGAUCAUUGCGCAGUCCAUCAUUACCAGCAUGGAAGGCGAGCAGGUUACAAAAUAUGUCUUCAAGAAAAAGAACCAAGUCAAAGUGUUUGGAGCAAAGGAGAUUUCCGAUGGAGAGGAAUAUGUUUGCGAUCUGCAGCUGCUCUUCAGAGACUCCUGA